UAAAGCUGGCGCUCCGGUUUCCUGGCGGAGAAGAUGGCGGCUCCUGGACCGGGGGAGGAUUUCAACGUCGGGAACCAUGUCUCCUGCCUCACCUGCUUGGGGCAGCGUCUGCAAGGAGAGGUCGUGGCUUUUGACUACCCGUCCAAGAUGUUGACUUUGAAAUGCCCCCCAUCCAGUGGGAAGCCCAACCUCAAUGACGUCGUCCUGAUUAAUCUAGCCUACGUUUCAGAAGUGGACAUAAUUAAUGAUCACGCUGAAACUCCGCCUCCUCUAGCGUCACUGAAUGUUAACAAGCUUGCCAAUCGAGCACGAUCAGAGAAGGAGGACAAACUGUCCCAAGCAUAUGCAAUUAGCGCAGGAGUGUCUGUGGAGGGCCAGCAGCUUUUCCAGACGAUACAUAAAACCAUCAAAGACUGUAAAUGGCAGGAGAAGAACAUAAUUGUGAUGGACGACGUCGUUAUCGCGCCGCCAUACCAGGUGGAGAACUGCAAGGGCAAAGAGGGAAGCGCUUUAAGCCACGUACGGAAAAUAGUGGAGAAACACUUCAGAGACGCGGAGGGCCAGAAGCCGGCGCCGGCGCCGCCGCGGUCGCAGGCGCCGCAGACACAGACCGAGUCGGCUCUGUCUUCGUGAGCCAGCGGCCGGGCCUGGCUCGGAGGAGACCGCAGCGAAGGCGGCGGCACGUUCCCGCCGCCAGACGAGGCUCGGCGCUCCUCUUCCUCCCCGCCCAAGGCCACGAGGAGGGCCAGGAGCCUCAUGGGUCCAGGUGACCGAAAAGAAAAAAAGAAAAGAAAAAAAAACAUAAGAAAAUACCAUUCAUGAAAAUAAGAGGGAAAAGGUAAAAACUCUCCAGAUUAGACUUUUUUUUUUUUAAGGUAAUUUAAGGAGGGGGGGGUGGAGAGACGACCCUUUCUGUGAUCUCCAACCCACCUACCCCCCUCCCCCCCAAAUAAAACAAAAUUGCUUGAACUUUCAGCCCCCCCACCACGCCCCCUUCUUUAACUGCUCUUUUCUGUCUUCCAUUUCUUCACGAAGGGAGAGGUAGAGUAGUCAGAAAGCGCUGUUAGUUUUUAUUUCACCUUGCUUAUCCUCUUUGCUGUAUCCAUGUUCCAUCUCUGCCCAUAUUUUGAAAUGAAAUGUGACUUGAAAACACCACCAUGCAUUCGGAGGACAUUUUCUAAAAUAAAAGUAACAAAACAAUUUCUGACUGUAAUACUGUAAUUUUAAAAGCUUUUUGGAAUGCGAAAGGUUAUUUUUUUAGAACACUCAGUGAAAAGGAUGCCAAUGUUACAGUGUGCAAGAGAGAGAGAGAUGAGACAUCAUGAAAUUGCACUUUAAAAGGAAAAUGACAAGAAUUAUUGCUGAUGGCCUGGGACUUCUUCCUAUAGGAAGGUGUAAGAAAUGUAGGGGAAUUGCACCUUGCUCUGGGUGAAGUCCUUUUGACGGACAUCUCUUAUGGCAUUUUUUUCUUUUGAUUGUGUAAUUAUAAUGCUUGAUCUUUCAUUUUGUCCCCUUUGAAGAAAAUGUGUUGGAUUUAUUUGAAUCUCUGCCAAAAACCUCUUGUUGCAUUACCAUUGACUGAGGAGUGGGGAGUAACUUACUUGCCAUUCUUGGUGAGGCUUUGGUUUACGUUAGGUAGUACGCAAAGCCUACUGUGUGCUCCUUCUGUGAUGUCCCAAGGCAACGAGGCAUAUGGCCAAGUGAAGCGGUGAUCGAAUGGGUUGGGAACAAUGACCACAGAACCUGACCGUGUGAUACCUUUUCUUCCCUUCAAACGGUCCUUAAUUCUUCAUUGCAAAUACCUCUUAUGUGACGGGACCAUUUUUUACUGAAGUAUUAAUCAAUACAUUUUAGUGUCAUUUUUGUUUUUCUGCUCUUAAAUGCACAGCUUCAUCACCGGUACACCAGGCAUGUGAAUUGUUUCCACUCACUCGAUUGCAUUCCUGUUUAAACACAGAAAAACAACAAAUCUUCAUGUCUGUUCCGGAUUAUUCUGGAUAUGAAUCUCAUUUCUGUAUAAAGUCCAAUAGGACACUCUGGUAUCCUUUUUUUUGGCGGAGAAAAUGUACUUAACAUAAAGAUAUUUAUGUUUGAACCUGUAGCCUAAUCGAGGCUUGGCCAGUGGGUUUAAGUAAUAUGUAAUAGAAGCUACCACGUUAUAUUCCAGCAGCCGAGGUAUGAGAACAAGACUGCUGUCGGUUACUUUCCCAAUGUUUUUUUUUUAUUUUUUAAAUAACAUGAAAAUAAAAAAUAAAAAAACGA